GUGGGGGAGAUCAAGUCGGGCAGCUGGGCGCGCCAAAUGGGCCGAGACAAAGACUUCGCGCAGGUGGUGGGCAAAGAUACGGGGGGCCAGCACCUCCUCGGCUGGGUGGGCGUGAAGAACGUCCGGCGCCGGACUCCGCCAGAUGCUGUCGUUGACAGCGACGUCAAAGAAGCAGCAGGAUGUGACUUCGUGGUGGAGGACAACGAUCCCGGGCCAGUUGUCCCCACCAGGAGCGCUUUGCCCAAGCCGGCACGGGGCUCCUCGCGGCGGUCGCUGACUUCACCUCCGCCUCUUCAUCGCCCCUUGUGAGCACGGCAUUCGCUCGCCGGAGGCGUGCGCCUGGCGAGCAAGACACGGUGUCCAGCCAUG